CAAUACUUCCGGUUCAAAGGUCGCUCGUUGUCCUUCCCUUUCCUGGCGGCAAGGCAUGCAAGUAUACUCCUGAAACAGAUUCAUUUUGAAUGAAGUGUAUUUUUCGGCAUUGAAACGUGACUUUACUUUCUAAACAUGAGUUUGCCACUGAAUCCUAAGCCUUUCCUGAACGGUCUGACGGGUAAACCCGUGAUGGUGAAGCUGAAGUGGGGCAUGGAGUACAAAGGUUACUUGGUAUCUGUGGACGGAUACAUGAACAUGCAGUUGGCUAACACAGAGGAGUAUGUGGAUGGAGCCUUGGCAGGUCACCUCGGAGAGGUGUUAAUCAGGUGUAACAACGUUUUGUAUAUCCGAGGAGUAGAAGAAGAGGAAGAAGAUGGAGAGAUGAGAGAAUAAUGUGGGAUUUUAAAUUUGGGGUUGAAAAUGUUUUUGGAAAUGGUUUAGUUUAUCUUGGUUGUAUGUGAAGUCUAGUUUUGUUUCAUUCCUUUAUUUUUUUGUGAAUUCAUGUGUUGGUUUUUUUUACACUAUAAAAGCAUAAUUUCUGGCUACAACAUGCUGCAAAUAAAAUUAUGCAUUUUGUAUUUUG